ACUCACCAAUUGUAGACCAAUUAUGUCAGUAGUGUCCUGAGUUUGAAUACUUUUUUAUCGUUCCAAUUACAAAAUUAAUCCUGAUUAACGAAUUGUUCUAAGGUUCAUCGGUCGAAAAGCUAACGAGUGAAAAGAGGGAAAAAUGAGUAACGACAGCCGCAGAAGCGAGAAUGAAAUGGAUAUAAGCUUUCACGUUGCCGAUGACCAAUUCGUUUGCAGCUUAUGUUCCGAUUCUUGGUUGAAUAAUAUUCCACGAUGUCUACCUUGCGAAAAUAAUCACAUCUUCUGCUCUGAUUGUCUAUUGGAAUUUGCAAACUCAAAUAAUAUAAAGAAUGGCGAUAAUUUCUUUUGUCCAGUAUGCAAUGAAAAACAUACUUGGCCGGAAGAUGGUGUUGAAGCUUUCGGAAUUGUAAAUAACGAUACGAAAAAUUCACAGAGCGAGUCGGAUUCGUCUUUUAUGCAGGAUUCGUUAAAGUGCGAUACAGUAGAGGUUUUGGGUAAAUCUUUUUCGUUGAGAUCCAGUCAUAAAGAUUCCAGAUCGUUUCGAGAGAGAAUCUUAGCAGCUUUAGAAAAGCUUCAGGAAGAAAGGGAGAAAGAAUAUAAAGAAUUAGAAAAUGAAAGUAAAAAUUUGCAUCUAUUGAUAAAUAGUAAACAGCAAAGUUUGCAGAGCAUCAUUAAUAGAUUUUAUAUGAAUAAGGAGGAUAAGCUUAGGCAUUUACUGCAACAAUUCUCGGAUGAUGAUGAUCAAGAAGUCGAAGAAGAGAUAGCCGACACCGAAAUAGAACAUAAAAGAGAUUUAAUAAAUAGGAUGAAAACUGUAUUUAGAAGUACAAUUAAAUUUUCAAGACCUAAUCUUAUCGACAAUUUCAAUAUGGGCGAAGUUUUUUUAAUAAACAACGAAGAUGGCGAAAGUGAUGAUUGUCUUUUUCAAUCAACAAGUGAAAUUCUAACUAUUACGUCAUCAAAGCAAGCAUUUUACGUUUUAACAGAACAAAGCCUACAAAAUACGUUCAUUUAUAGAAUUUUUAUGUUACCUAUCGCAGGAAGUAAAUUUGUUUUAAUAAAAUCUUGGACAAGCGAUGAGAAAUUUCAUUACAAAAUGGCAGCUAAUAAAGAUUUAUACCUACUAGAAGUUGGAUCAUCAGCUGGCCUGAUGAGAUUAAGAGUUAAUGGUAAUAAGGAUUUAUGUCCGGAAACAGAAUUCGAAAGAUUUAAGAUUACUGUUCACAAGCCUUCUCCUCUAUUAAGGAAGAUCUAUUCGAAGACGUAUUCAACAAACCUUGCCUGUUCAGAUACAACAUUGGUUUUAGUAAAUAGCAACGGUGUUCUUGAAAAAUAUUCAACUGAACCAUUGGAGAAAAUUAGAAGUAUGAGACUACCUGCCAAAAGUGCCGUCGCUGAUAUACGAUGCUCUAAUCUUUAUAUCAUAGUAUUAUUUCAAGGUGGUAGUGUAUGUUACACAUAUAUAAACUCUUUGAAAACUAAUUUCGAAUAUCUAAGAAAAAUGAAUCUUUCAAGUAUAUUCGAUAUAGAAGGAUUUAUCAUUCCACCACUAAAAGAUGAUGGCUUUAUUAUGUCGGACAAAUCAAAUGUUUACAAUGUAAAUCCAUCAAAGUCAAUGGUUGAAUAUUGUUCAUUCACCAGAGUUUUUAAGGACGUCAUGAGAUUUGAUUAUAAUGUAACAGAAAAUCAUAUUUUUCUAUAUACAAUAACAGACUCAAAUGCCGUUAUCGUAAAUCGUUUUAAAUUGUAACAAUACUAUUAAAGCUAAAACGAAAGAGUAACAGUUUUGUAGAUUCGAUUUUACUAUUAAAAGUAAUUAUAAUAUUUAAAUAUUCAUUUCCAAGUAUUCAGCUGGAAAAAAAAAACUUUUUACUGAUUUCUUCUAUCUAUUACUCUCCAUCUUAGUAUUUGAGUUCACAGUGAAUAAAACGAACUCUAUUUCAUUUUUUUUAUACUUUGCUCUACUUCCGAUAUUUUAUUCAACCAGUGUCAGUUUAAAGGAAGAUAAAUAGAUUUAAAAAGGAAGGAAUACAGUUUUCAUGGCUUUUUGUUU